AUGCAUCGUGUCCAAACCACGCCCCCAUUCGUCAUACCUCUAAACCGUGGUAAUACAAGUGAGAAAGAUUACGUAUUCAUAGAUAGAUAUUUUCCAAUCAAAAUUGGCCCUAUUGUAUUGGUAGCAAAAUUUCAGCCAAUCACUCGUUAUGAUGUUUGCGAACGUAAACAAAACGAAAGCACCAAUCUCAUUUCUAUCCACAAAACGAAGAAUAGCUGGCUUAGGUUAAAAUCAGACCACUUUGUCAAAACCCGUGUUCGUGAUGGAAAACUUUUUGCAGUUCCUCGUAAGUGCAUUAAAGGUCCAACUAGGAUAACUGAAAUGUGCUCCUCGCUUCUAGAUAUAGCUCUAGUCUCCUGCCCAGAUCUCAUCCUCCACUCGGAAAUUCUAGACGCCGGCAUCAGUGAUCACUGUCCCAUUCGCAUCUCAUUACGCGUACCAUGUCCGACACACCAAGCCUACAAACGCACAAUCUGGAACUACACUGCUAUACAUCCUCCAGACAUUGCUGCUUUCUUUAAAGAAGUUAAUUGGAACGAUUUCUUCGAUCAAAUUCCUGAUCCAAACAGCCUAGGUGAGGCAAUUUCUUCCAUUCUGGUAGAUGGCAUCUACAAGUUUGUACCCCAUAAAGAAGUUACUAUCAGAGUUAGGGACCCUGAGUGGAUGAACGGUUACAUUCGACGUAUUUUACGCAAACGUAACCGGAUCCACAGACAAGCUAAACUCUUUGACUCGCCAAACUCAUGGUCUGAGUUCCGAAAGUUCAGAAACUUUGUCACAUCCGAAAUUCGACGAGUCAAGUUGGAAUACCAUACCAAAAUAAAUGAGUGCAAAUUCAACGAAAAAGACUAG